AUCAGUGGCGAUACAGCGAAGGAGAACUCCUCCUACCAAAUUAUCCAAACGGGGUUGGCUUUUGGCUCGCUUUACAAGUAAGACACGAUUCCCCAAUGCAGGCAGUCCCGACCUGACCCUCGAACACUUGGAAUCCGAAACGAAUACGGGGACAUAAUAAAACGAAAAUUAUCAACUUUAGGCAAUUAUAUCAAGUCGUCUGCUCUUACAUAUCAACUGGACAAUACGCUUUCGCACGGCAGUAAUACGGAGUGGAAAGUCUGUGUUGUUAUUUCCAGCUACCGUCUCUGUUAAGGAAGUGGAACCUCGAUUCUGCGCGAGUCUCUGGCUCCAGAUCCGUGUGGAUGAUCUAGACUUUGAGUUGCUGUAUAUGGAAGUUGUAGAGCGCAAGGAAAGAGAGAUCACUUGCACUUUGCGUCCAUCAGCCAUGCUUUUCCACGGGAUCUCCGGAGAUCAUAUUCAAGGAAUCAUGCAGGAGAUGGAGAGGAGAUCUAAAACAGAGCCUCGACUAGUCAAAAGCAUGCAUAUCAACGGCAGAGAGAUGAGCAUACCUUCCAUGAACCAGGAGAAGCCGGCCUUGUGUGCUGGGUGUGGCGGUAAAAUCUCGGACAGAUACUACUUGCUGGCCGUGGAUAAACAGUGGCACCUUAGAUGUCUUAAGUGUUGUGAGUGUAAACUGGCCCUUGAGUCUGAGCUCACCUGUUUCGCCAAGGAUGGCAGCAUUUACUGCAAAGAGGAUUACUACAGAAGGUUCUCCGUGCAGAGAUGUGCCCGCUGCCACCUCGGGAUCUCGGCCUCGGAAAUGGUCAUGCGCGCGAGGGAGUCGGUGUACCACCUGAGCUGUUUCACUUGUACCUCGUGCGGCAAGACCCUUACCACCGGCGACCACUUCGGCAUGAAAGACAACCUGGUGUACUGCAGGGUCCACUUCGAAAGCCUUCUGCAAGGAGAAUACCACCCCCAGCUAAACUACACGGAGAUCGCUGCCAAAGGCGGGGGAUUGGCACUGCCUUUCUUCAACGGCACCGGCACGGUUCAGAAAGGAAGGCCGCGGAAGAGAAAGAGCCCAGCUAUGGGGGUUGACAUAGGGAGUUACAACUCAGGUUGCAAUGAGAACGACGCUGACCACCUCGACCGGGAUCAGCAAGCGUAUGCCACCACCCAGAAGACCAAACGUAUGCGGACGUCCUUCAAGCACAACCAGCUCCGCACCAUGAAGUCAUACUUUGCCAUCAACCACAACCCUGAUGCCAAGGACCUGAAGCAGCUGGCCCAGAAGACGGGCCUGACCAAGCGCGUCCUGCAGGGAGAACAAUUCUUGGGGCAUUACAGCUACACUUCCCGACGUUUGAAAAUCCCCUAAAGUGUUAAAAGAAGGGGGGAAACUAUGAUCGGAGUUCCUCACCAUCGAAGACAAAGACGAUGUUAGGAUAAGAUAAACACUCUAACUCUGAGCCAAAAAACUGUACAAAAAAACAACAUUACAAAUGUUUCCUGAAUGUUUGAACCCAUCCACGGAGGAGAAACCAAUGUAUCUGAGCUGAUAUCACCACAAAACAAGACUUGCCUUUGUGUUGGAAUGAAAGACAUGAAGUUCACACCUUCGAAAAUAGUUUUUUCUAAUUCAUAAGUAUUAACCAGAGCAACCUGGCAGCAAGAAACGGGCAACUGUACUACAAAAUGACAAUUAUUCAGUGAAAUGGCACAAUGUUAUCCUGACAUUUAGGUAUUUGGUACUUAGCAGAUAUCUCUAUCCACAGCUCACAUGUUUCAUGUUGUCCUUUUACAGAGGUGGAUAUGUCAUAAAACAAUUCAGGUUGAGCACUUCACUCAAAAGGAAAAAGGCAGUGUCCUAUUUGGGAUUCAAAUUCACAAUCCUUUGUUUAUAUGUCCACUUCCCAAACUCCCACGUCAUGCUCCCUCUCUGCUGCGAACACCUGUACAAAGACACACAUAUACUGCUCCAUCUGACUGCUGAAAAAAGUGUCUUUGUCACUUACACUGUGUUGAAAAAAAGACAUAGCCACCUUGAUGCUGAGUGGCAGAAUGCCCACCAGAAGAAAGCAGAUCAAGAGGACUGCCGAGUCAGUGUGUUGCGUUGCCAUCUGGCUGCACUAUAGAAAAAAAGAAAGUAGAUUUCCCAAUCUGCAUGCACUUUUGUUAGCGUUUCCUAAGAUGUACAGUAACUGUUUCUGAUCGAUGCGCUCUUUACUGUUGGACUGCAAAAUAAAUAUUCAAUUGAAGUUUGUUUCUUAACACCAGUGCCCUGCGAUACCCUGCAUGAAACAUAAAGGUGGCAACUUUGUACUUUGCAGAUAUUGUAAGGCUUCAGUUAAAUGUGCAUCAGCCUAAUGAAUAAAUUCAUAGUACUGA